AUGGAAGAAGCUGCAGAGUAUCGAAUGUGGGCGAAGAGGAAGCAUGGUUUGAACCCUUUAUACAAUAAUAAUUCAUGGGAAGAACAAGCUUUCGCGGAAGAUGCAGCGGGUGGUGCUCUAGGAGGGUGCGUAUGGCCUCCACGUUCAUAUUCUUGCAGCUUUUGCAGAAGGGAAUUCAGGUCAGCACAAGCUUUAGGGGGUCAUAUGAAUGUCCACAGGAGAGAUAGAGCUAGGCUAAAGCAGUCUCCACCUUCCUUCAAUGAAACCCUCCAUCAUAACCAUCAAAAUCAUCAUCACAACCCCAUCCAGAAUAAUAAUUCCUUUACAUCUUCUUUGGGUAUUCAUCAGUACCCAUCUCAGGUUUGUACUUUGGUUUAUAACCCUAACCCUAAUUCUCCUGAUCAUCAUCAUCAUCAUCCUGGUAUUGUGGCAUGUCCAUCCUCAUCAUCAUCUAGGGUUUCGGCUCCACCAAAUAUUAUCCGUCUUCAUUCUUCUUCUAUUGUCCAAGAACACCAAAAGAGCUCCCCUAAUAUUUCUCCCCCUCCAUUGUGGUCAAAUUUGGUUGCGGACAAAUACUUUUGCAAUAUUUCCGAUCUGAAAACCGAGGAAGAGAAAAAUUCAAGAAUUCUAGAAUCAGGGUGUAGGGCUAAGGGGGAUUAUGUGACACCUGAUUUGUCUGUGAGCUUGAAUUUAGUUGUCUGUCGAAGUCAUCAUAAUGUUUCAGGUGGUAAGGAGGAGAGUACUGGCAGUUGCAAGAGAAGGAGAAGUGAUGCAUCACCGUUACCUUUCUUCCCAAAGCCAAGAUCAGUUGAUGAUCAUAGCCAACAUGACCUCCAAUCAAAGGUACUUGAAAUAAGCCCCAACUCUAUAGAGGACUUAGAUCUUGAGCUCAGGCUUGGCGAUCGACCUCAGGAAAGGUACAAGUGUUGAACCUCUCAGUGUUAAAAAUGAAGGAACUUCUUCUCUGUUGCUUGAUUUCCCCCACCUUUUGCUUUUCCGUUUUCCCUUUGAUAUAGAGGUCAAGGCCUCUUUUGCUUGGAGUUUGAC